AAUUUCAUAUCCAGCCCGACUUUCACCACCACCAGACUUGACCAACUUAUUACAUUACCCAUCUCACUCUUCCCCUAAAUUAUGCAUAUAAUUUUACGGUGAAGAUAAGAUAGGAUAGAAGAGAACGAUAAGCGUGGUGUGGUUGAGUGGUCUUUGUUCCUCUCAAGGUGCAUUUCAUGAGAUAAAGUGCAUUCGAAAAUUUAAGGGGUAAAAUGUAUAUAAAUAUCUGAUACAGAGUAUUAUUAAAAAUACUUACUUUCUCAAAAAAAACUUGAAAAUGACGUAAGAUGAUGACAAGCAGUAUUUAAUGAUGCAUUAUUAAUCAGAGUGGCAAUUAGUGACACACUGAGAAAGGUGAAAGCAGUGUAAGAAAAAAUGUGACUCGUCAAAGUGAAAGUUCACGAUGAGACCGUUGCGACUCCGGUUUAAAACCAUCGUUAAAAUAAUAAUCUCCGUUUUUGUCGUUACAACAUGCAUCGUUCACUACACGAAUGAAAAGUUUGAAAGGACGGGCGAGAUUUUGAAGGGGGUUGGAAAUCGAAAUGUCAACUUGAUGGUGCAGCCUUUCGUGGAUACUUUCCUCAUUAAUAACCAUUGGUUAAGGGAUAAUUAUAACAGCAAUAAUAAGAAUGGGAAUGUCUUUAUCGAUAACAAUGGACAACAACAAAAUGAACGUGAUGCGGCACUUCCGGUAGGAGUGGAGAUAGAGCAUCAUCAAAAUGAUCCAUUUUUAGUCGUCGUCAUCACCUCGACCCCCACAAAUAUAGAACGUCGAACCAUUAUACGGAAUUCCUGGAUGAAGUAUGAACCGGAAAAGCCUACAAUUGUGGUCUUCUUUUGUGGAAGACCCAGAUCUCAAGAUAUGGCUGCGUUACAAAAGGAAUCAGAAAAGUAUGGGGACAUCAUUGUCGACGAUUUUGAAGAAAGCUAUUAUGGCCUUACAGUCAAAUCUCUAAGAAUCUUGAAAUGGUUCAGCAUGAAUCUCCCAAAGUCCAACUUUCUCGUCAAGACGGACGAUGACGUCUUUGUGAAUACUCUUAAACUAGUCAAACUCUUGGACCGAGUGGAGACAAAGUUGCGAUUCGAACGCCAGCAGAAUAGCAACAACGAACUACCCCACUACAUGGGAGGGGUCGUUUUUCAUGACAGAAGUCCUCAUACUUUCAACACGUUCUCAAAAUGGUAUGUGCCACCAAAACUGUGGAAGGAAGAGAUCGCUAUUCUUGCUAAAUUGGGAAGAGAAAGCGGUCGCAAGAAGGAGUAUCACGAGUUAAAAUCAUAUCCGCCCUAUUUGGAGGGCAACUUUUACGUUAUUGGAGGUCACACGGUGCCGGUCUUGUUAAAUUCUAGUCUCCCGUUGCCACUCUUUCACCUAGAGGAUAUCUACGUUACCGGAUUCCUUGGGUCUGAAAUACUCGACAUUAAGUUGGAAUCUUUACCUAACGUCCUUUCGGACAGUGCAACUUUUCCCAAGUUGAAUUACAGGUAUAAUAAAUUGUUUACUAGUCCUAGCGAGAUGGUAGCGUACCACUGUGACAACGAUAUCGAGAUAAUUACACAGAUUUAUCAAGAUACCUUAAUGUCUUAAUUACCCUACUUAUUGUAUACUUUGGUUCAGUCCAGUCUUUAAUAAUAAACAGAACCACUAAAAAUGUGAUGUCAGAGUAAACUAAAUACUUAUCAUAUGUUUCUAGAUCUGAAUAAAUAAAUAAAAUUUUAGUCUGCGAAAA